UUGCGACAGUCGUUAAUGAUUUUCAUCGAGGUAGCGCGGACUGAAGCACGCUUACGAACCCGUUUCAGUCUCAUGACAGACGCGAAAGCUUGAAGCUCGAUACGCUAUCGCGAGUAUAAUAAGGAGCGCGCUACUAUUUCGUGCCGAUUUUUUUUUAUCAAGAAGAUAUUUUUUUGUGUUUUUCGUUACACAACUAAUAGGUUGUUUAUUUAUGGAUAUAAGUUCGAGUGCGAGGAGUUCUUCGAGAAUCCGAUACCAGAACGUUUCCUCAUCUCCAGUGAAAAAAAUGCUGAUUAAAUGACCGAAAAACUUGAGGACAAUGUGGAUUCCAACAGUUCACACAGUGAUAGUAUAUUUUUGUGCAUGUGCGAUAGCCGCGGAAAUCCGAACGAAACACGAACAGAAUCACAGAAAAAGUAUAGUGAAAAGAUCAUUGGACCCGUACAAUAAAUACCAUAAGUACAGUACUAACAAUUUAAACAGUUUCAAUAACAAAUAUAAUAGUUACAACAGUUUGAACACUCUCAAAUUGCGUCACCAAUCGAGAUUUCCUAAUUUAGACAAAGUGAUGAGCAGAGUUAACAACAUGAGAUUCGGAAGUGAAAGUAAAAGUGAAGUGCAUAAUAAAUUGAGACACAGGUCGUGGUAUGAGAAGAGAACGACGACCACAACAACGCCACCACCAGAUGAAAAUGUUGAGAACUACUUCGAUGAUUAUGGUAGUGAUAAAGAGAGUGAUGAUGAGUGGGGUUAUGAUGAUGUAGAAUACGAAGAUUACGAAGACGAUGGUGUUUUCUCCGAUCUUCCAGACUGGCAAGCAGAAGAAGCAACGGAAAAAACCACGACUACUACACCUGUAUAUAGGCAAAUGUCAAAAAUAAGUGAAAUGAAGUGGCAGAUGUACGGUACGAGAAAGAAAGUAGAAGAAAAUAGAAAAAAAGAAUUAUUCGGCAGCAACAGCGGAAGCGAAACGUCUGCUACCUUAGCUAGAGUCCACUACAUGCGGGUAAGCUCUGAAGGAACUUGCAAAAGGCCGCUACCUAGAGUAAUUUCAGUACAGAGUGAACACCCUGAUCCUUCAAAAUCUUACACUCCACAUUGCACCGUUCUGCAUAGAUGUGCUGAGGAUACUGGUUGCUGUCAGCAUCAUAAUAUGCGAUGUGGACCAAAGACGCAGAAUGAAGUUCAACUCUAUUUUUACGCAAAAACACUCGGCACACUCCAGUCUAAAAUUGAGAAGCUCACAUUUUGGAAUCACACGGAAUGUACUUGUAUAGAAAAAACGAAGUAUACCGACAGUCAAGAAAGCAACGGAAUUCAGUUCAAAGCUGGAAUUGAGUCGAGGAGUACAACACCGCAAAACUUGGAGAGGUGCGUUUGUCCAGGAAGUUUCAGCCCCAAACAAAAAUAUCACCAAUCAGAAUGCACAUGUAGUUGCGAAGAGUCAAAUCCGGACUGUGCACGGAUGAAGAAUGGUUUGGAAUAUUUCAGUUUAGCAGACAGAAAAUGCGUACUGGAGAGGAGGUGUGGCAUACCAAUCUGUGAAUUCGGCGCUUAUCUCAGACCAAAAGGAAGGUGUCCUAGAAAACAGGAAAAAAUGGACACUUUCACUCUUGUCAAUAUACAGUAAAUCGAUAUAAUUUAUAUUCAUUAAUCUAAGAUUAACUGAUCGAUAAAGUCCAGUGAUAUCAUUUACCAGUCUUUUAUAUAAUUUUCAGAACUAUAUAUAGAUAAUAUAUUGCGUGUUGAAAAUGUAUGCAAUGAUCAAUAAAAACCCUUUUUAUAUUUUCCAA